UUACUGCCGCUGUCCAGCACUUCAGCAUUCAGCACCAAGGCCAGAGCACCAGCGAGAAGCCUGGUCCUUACACAGCGACCGAAACUACACAAAAACACCGAGAGAGUCCGAGUUUAAACAGAAACCUGUUCACGAAGCUCGAGGCUUGGGCAGAGAGCUGUGGCCAUGUACGACGGGGCAAGGGUGCCCUCUCCUGAGGCCAGUGCUAACGGUGCCCCAGGUGCCACCACACGCCCCAAUGGCGAUGAAGAUCCGGAAGAGGAAGAAGCUGCUCCACCAAAGCCUGUGCUUGUGAAGAAAGCUCGCCGUGAAAUCUUGGACCAUGAAAGAAAGAGACGAGUGGAGCUGAAAUGCAUGGAGCUGCAAGAAAUGAUGGAGGAACAGGGAUACUCAGAGGAAGAGAUCAGGCAGAAGGUCGGGACAUUUCGGCAGAUGUUGAUGGAGAAAGAGGGAGUCAUCACCAGAGAGGGAUCUAAUCCGAGACCACCGGUGACAGUUUUACCCCAUGGUGCUGAAGAGGAUGCAGAGGGCAGUGGGUUCGCUUAUGGCUAUGAGGACGACUACAACUGGCAUGGAGACUACUAUGAUCGGGAUUCGGUCACCCACGAUGACUAUAGAGCCAAGAGGAAGUCCAGCAGCUCACUUUCUCCUCCACAUAAGAAAAAAAAAAAGAAGAAGGGAAGAAGACACAGUCGAGUUGACAGCUCGUCUCCUUCACGGAGAGGAAAAAGGAAGAAGAAUGGCAAGAAGCACAAAAGAGAAAGGUCCACAUCUGGGUCCAGAAGAAAGAGGAGACACAGAUCAGGAACUCCAAAGAGCAAACACAAAGACAAGAGCAAACUGAGAAAGAAAUCUCCAGCAGAGUGUACCAGCAGGAGGCCACAGCGCAGAGGAAGCUGCUGCAGCUCGCGCAGCGCUUCUGUGUCAUCCACAGCCACCAUCUCCAGAUCCCCCAGCAGGUCCAACCUGAAGUACAGGACGGAGAGACAGAAGAGGUCUAGUCCCAAUGCAUCUCCAUCUCCCGGUCUGGAGAAUGGCCACCACAGCGAGCGAGUUCGCAACGGCAAACACUCCGGACUCAGCCAGCUAGAGGGCGAGAAAAGCAGCGAUAAGCUACGGUCGUUGGCUUCUAUCUCACCGAGUGAAGUGCAGAGGCAGACGUCGCCUAAUGUACGGGAAGCAAAGAGCCACAGCACCCUAUAUAGGAGCCCUGGACGACAGCAGACACAUGCCCAGACGGUAGAAGCAGGAAAGGGAGAAGAGAGGCAGCAGCGCGGUGCCAAGCUGUCCUCCGAGACAUCAGGAAAACGGGCAGGACGGACCUGCCACUCUCCUGCCCAUAGCACUGACUCCCAAACCAAUCUCCAGCCUAAAGCUAAAGGCGCACACGUGAAGAAAGCGAAAGGCUCUCAUACUUCAAAGAGGCACCAUCACGGUAAAACCGUGAACCGACACCGCAGCGUGUCAGCAUCUCCAAAUACACACCGGCGUACUUCAGGCCGCAAAAAGAGCAAAUCGAGCCUACAGCAACGAAGCAGCUCAUGGAGCAGCGCUCGCUCUUCUUCACGCUCCAAAUCAAGAGAGCACACGCAAAGCAAGACCAAGUCCCCACACACUCGCCAGAACAACUCUAGGGAGAGGGACAGUCCUCACUACUCUGAUGCCGAGAGAGCUCGAAGACGCUCCCGCAGUUAUUCUCCCAUUCGUAAGAGGAGGCGAGACUCACCCAGCUUUAUGGAGGCUCGCAGAAUCACCAGUGCACGCAAGAGGCCGAUACCAUACUACAGGCCUAGUCCAUCUUCCUCCAGUUCUCUGAGCAGCUGCAGUAGCUCCAGCCGAAGUCGGAGUCGGAGCUACGACAGCUACAGCAGCUACAGUCGAAGCAGGAGCAGAAAUCGGAGCAAAAGCAGAAGUAAAAGUCGGAGCAGAGGCAGGAGCAGAAGCAGCAGUCAGUCACGAAGCCCCAGUCAGGCACACAGCUACUACAGUCACAGCAGCUACGAGAGCCCUGGUUUCUGACAAGUGUGUUCUACAGGAACAGACAGAUUAAAGGAGGGAUGGAAAAUCAAAGAAAUGAACAAAUCGACACUUAAGACCUUUCCUCAUAUUUGUGGUAAACAAGUCAUUAUUAUAGCUAAAAAGGUAUUACCAUAGCCAGGACAGCUGUGGCGACAUAAUGGAAGAUUUCUUCUAUCUUCUAUAAGAAAAGAUGGCAAAACAUCAAAAUUUUCUUGAACCCCAGAAAUUCUUACUGCACAUCAGGUCAGAUGAUGAUUUUAUCACACCGAUAAUACAGAUAAUACAAAUCCAAAAUUAACCAACUGAAGAAAAUAUAACACAAAACAAGUUCACAAAAAGAGCAUCUAACAAAAAGACACACAAAGGAUCCUGUCAAACAUCGGUGAAAAAUUCACACGUGUACAGGAGUGAUGUUACAAACAAGUCAGGAUCGUAUAUACGGACACCCAAAGCCGGGAGAACAAAAAGAAGUAAAGCACUUUUAUGGCCUGAAAUGCUUCCAAUUUCAAAAAUAACCAAAAAGGGGUUAGUAGAUGAAGAAGAAGAAGAAGAAGAAGAAGAAGAAGAAGAAGAAGAAGAAGAAGAAGAAGAAGAAGAAGGAGCGCCCAGCUGGGAUGAAUGUAGUCCAACAAGGGUCGAAGGUGACUCGAUGGACAGUGAACACAUCCUGUAAUAUUCUUCUCCCCUUACAGCCCCAAUGACUGACACACACAAACAAACCAACAUGAGAACAAACAAAGACUGUAUUACGGAUAUUAACAAUAUUAAUGAUAUUUAUCUCAAGUUUUUUUGCUAGUGGAAAACAGAAUUGUGUGCUUUUCUAAAAAAAAUGUAUUAUAUGGUACUUACACCGAGAUGUUGACGUGUAAAGGUGUAAACUGCAAGCUCUGGCUGUAAACUAUGCACUGUAUAUCCAAACCUAUACAACAUAAGGCUUUGUAUGUGGAAACGUUAGCAUGAUGCAGCAGAGGAGACUUUCUCACACAAAUACACACACACACAGCUGUAAAUUUCUCUUCUACCCCUCCUUUAUUCUCUGGGUCUUCUUGACCAUUUUCAUAUCAGAUACAACUGUAUGCAGAGAUCUUUAAGAAGUGUAUGAUUACAGUCACUUUCCCACUUUCUUUGGCUGUGGGUAUUGCAUACAUGGUUGUAUCACUUUUAGAGCUUUGAAUAAUUUAACACAUUAGUUCUGUACAGUUAUUAUUAUUAUUAUUAUUAUUAUUAUUAUUAUUAUUAUUAUUAUUAUUAUUAUUAUUAUUAUUAUUAUUAUUAUUAUAGCUGUUGUCAGUUCCUGUCCUUGAAUCCAGGCUGCAAAAAGUCCCACGUGCACAAGUCUUUUGGAUCAUACUGUACGUAUUUAACUAUGUAUUAUUUAUUUACCAAUUUUUUCUUAUUUAUUCGUUAUUUAUUAUGUAUUUAUUCCAUGCUUAUUUAUUCAUUCUGAAACUUUUAGAAAAAAAAAUCGGAUCAAAAAUGAAUCAAGAAAGAAAUGAAUUGGAUCUGAUUUUUAGGAUAAAGUAAAAACUUCCUCCUGAUGUAUAUUUCGGUAAUAACUGAAAUCUGUUAUUCCUGUUUUAACCCCGAGCUUUAGUGCAACAAACUCGCUGUAGUUCCUGACAAAUGAUGAGAUCACUGUCUGUUUGUUUGUUUGUUUGUUUGUUUGUUUGUUUGUUUGUUUGUUUAUAACAUAUUUUGCACAUUACCUUAAUCCAAGAAUCUUUAUCCAACAUUUACCAGCUAAAAUUCAGAUUCCCCAUAAAUACAAACUCUCAUAUUUCUAUCCCUGUUAGACUUUUAGUGAUAUUGACAGAUGAGUUGAUGAUGCAAUCAGGGAAACAUGCGCACAGUCUUCCUUUCCUCUCUUGCUCACACCUUUGUCAGUGUUCUUGUAGUCAUCAUUCAUUCAUGUGGAUCAAUACCCUCUUCAGUAACAAGAAUAUACAGCGCUUAUCAUGGGACUGUAUAGAAGUCAGUAGAUGUAGUGUACUAGUUAUUAUUCUACAAAAAAAAUAAUAAAGUAUAUUCCAGUGGAAA